CAGAAAUAUCUGAUGAUGAAUUACGUAAAUCAGUUAGAUCAUUAAAUAACAUGCAACGCAAAGCAUAUGACAAGGUGCUUUCAUGGAGUAGAAAUAAAAUGAAGAACCUCAACAGCCUUAAAUCAGAAAUUGUUGAACCAAUUUACCUGUUUAUUACUGGAGGUGCUGGUGCAGGAAAGAGCCACUURAUCAACACAAUCUAUCACACCGUAGUAAAAACCUUCAGAUAUCCUCCAACAAAUCCUGAAAAACCAACAGUCUUACUAGCUGCACCUACUGGAGUUGCAGCAAUUAACAUUUCUGGUACGACCCUCAACACAGCAUUAGCAAUACCUAAAAAUACUGGUGAUGUUCUGCCUGCAAUGUCAGACCAGAAAAGGACACAAAUGAGAAUAUCUCUGUCUGAGCUGAAACUAAUAAUAAUAGAUGAGAUAUCAAUGGUUGCUAACACUUCUCUGCUCCACAUCCAUCAACGAUUAAAAGAGAUAUUUGGUACUAAUAACUCCCAACUUUUUGCUGGUAUUAGUAUUAUUGCUGUUGGUGAUUUAUAUCAGCUACCACCAAUUCGCAGAAAAUCAGUUUUUGAAAAUUACAAGAAUGAUGCUUUUAAUCUUUGCCACCCAUGGCAUGUAUUUCAAAUGAUUGAGCUAACUGAAAUAAUGAGACAAAAGAAURACCAGCCAUUUACUGAACUUUUGAAUAGAUUUAGAACUGCUUCCCAAACUGAUGAAGACAUCCAGUGUAUUCAGUCAAGAUCAAUUAGUCCAUCAGACACAAAUUAUCCAUCUGAUGCUCUACACAUAUGGGCUGAAAACUUCCCAGUAGACCAACACAACAAUGCCAAAUUAGAGCAGAUUCCUAAACCCAUGUAUACACUAAAAGCCACAGAUCAAUAUCCCAACAAUGUCAACAAACAAGAUAUUGAUAGAGUACUGGCAAGAGGAAGAUCUGAAACAGGAGGACUUGAUUAUGAAUUUCAUUUAAAAGAAACAGCAAGAGUGAUGAUUACAGCUAAUAUUGACAUCUCAGACAGAUUGAUCAAUGGUCAGAUUGGUACUGUAGUCAAGAUAGAUGUCAAUUCAAACACUCAAAGACCAUCAAUAGUAUACAUCAAGUUUGAUGAUGAUAAGGCAGGACAAAAAAUGAUUACUAACAGCAAUAACCCAUAUGCUAAACAACACAAAGCAGUACCUAUUGAACCUAUCUUGGCAAAGAUAAAAAUGAGACCCAAUAAGCCAUCAUCACCUGAAUUACAAAGAAUACAGUUCCCAAUCACAUUAGCAUGGGCCUGCACUGUACAUAAAGUACAAGGACUGAMAUUAGAUAGAAUUGUAAUUAGCUUUGAACUAAACAAACAAAAAAGCUUUAACUAUGGUCAAAUAUAUGUUGCCAUAAGUCGUGCUAAAACAUUACAAGGUAUUUACAUACUUGGAAAAAUUGAACACAAACAUGUUAGAACAAAUCUUAAAGUACAUGAAGAAUAUGAGAGAUUACAGACUACUUCUGCAGAAAUUAGCAUCCUAGCUGAUCAAACAUUAAACCAAGCAAGUACUUCAACGCUAUUAACUAUGAGCCUCCUUAAUGUCAGAUCUCUUAAUAAACAUAGUAUUGAUAUAAAGUUUGAUUCUACAAUUUGUAAAAGUGAUAUUUUGGCAUUUACAGAGACACAACUUUUUCAUAUUGUAUUUCCAUAA